AUGCAUCCUCUGGCGCAGCUGCAAUGUUUGGUGUUGAGAUCAAAACCAAACACAAGAGCCAUCCGCCUCAUCCGCUCGUGGCUAUUGGAAGAGAGACUUUGUCUCUGUGCGAUGCCUGUGGAGAGAGGCAUGGUGGUUUCUUCUUCUCGUGCCAACAAUGUAAUUUCUGGAUUCAUCAAGACUGCACCAUACUGCCUACCUCUCUCAACAUACUUUCUAUUGCUUGGCCUUUCCUCCUCGGAUAUUCUAUUCCUGCCAUAUUCCGACAUUAUAAGUGCAUCGUUUGCCACGAAUCCUUGCUUCAUACCCAUAAUGCCAUCUAUUUAUGUCCCGAAAUCAUGGAGUUUUCUCAUGUCAGAUGUGGACUCGACAAAAUUCAGUCCAAAACAAGGCUAGAGUUGAUCCAACUGCCAGAUGACGAGUUGGACACAUUUCCAAGUUUGGAGAUCCGUACAUACUCGCAGAGAAACCAAACAGAUAAUAUUGGUGAUGGAGAUAAGAAGCUUGCAAUGGAGAAUUUUCACAAGCAUCCUUUGAUCCUAGUUGGUGAUGAGGAAGAGGAUCAUGAUUAUAAUCACAAACUAGUGUGUGAUAUAUGCAUAAAGAUCAUUACUAUUCCAUCUCCAUUUUACAGAUGCUCUCAACAAACUGGAGGUUGCUCUUUCCUUGCCCAUAAAGUCUGUGCAGAGCUUCUCCCCAUUAUCAAGUUUGAGAUUCCAACUGGUUUUGACAGCGAUUCACUAAUGGCACAACCUUUUCUGUACCCGGACAAAUCGUACUUCAGUUCAAUAUUUCUCUGUUUUUUCUGCUGCCUUCCUAGCAAUGCACCUUGCUACUACUUUCCUGAAAAUGAUUUAGGUCCGUUGAUGGUUGAUCUAUCAUGCAUGGCUGCCCCAAUGAUUAUAAAGUACAGCUCACACAGCCAGCACCUUCUCUUUCGCACCUGCGGCCUUUGGCGGGCCUCCCCCGCCAGUUGUUGCAUCCGUGGCUGCUCCAAUUUUGAUGUCUAUCAAUGCACUGUCUGCGAUUUCUUCAUUCAUAUAAGGUGCGCCUUACUACCAAAAAUGGUUCAUUUUCAUGAAUUCGAUCAACAUCCUCUGCAUUUGAUCACUACGGGUACUAGUAGUAGUGGUUGUGAUCACGAUUUCUGCGAGGUGUGCGAAGAAGGUAUAGAGUGCAAGUAUUGGUUCUACCAUUGUGCAAAAUGUGACUACUCUUUCCACGUAAACUGCAUUCCCUCGCUUGGCUAUUUGUCCAAAGUCAAGUUGGGAGGCAAAUUUGAUAUUCCUUGUCACUCUCAUCCUCUCACACUUAAACGGAUGCUUACGUACGGAAGAAAUGAGAAGUGUGGGCAAUGCCACAAAAUCAUUCCGGGAUUGGUGGAUAAACCGGCUUUCUUCUGUUCACAAUACGAUUAUUGGAUUCAUUUUACGUGUGCAAGGGAUUCUUCAUGCAUACCUUCUCAAAAUUAUAGAUCUGUGGUUUUCGGGGAAAUCAAUAAAUUGUAUGAUACUGUGAUACGAGCCAUCAUUUAAUUAGUUUAGAUAUAUUAGGGUUGUGCAUAUCUUUUCAUAUAUUUUUUU